UAGUGAUAGAUUCGAAUAGCUCUUCAUUGCAAGUCAGAGCCUCUGUCUGAGGCACUGCAACUCCCAACUAUCCUCGCAAUCGUCUUUGGUCACUGCGUCUUUCCAGAUGGAUGAUCUCAGCUUUGCUUUCUCCCCCCUUCCGAGCGGAAAGUGACAAUAAGGGGUAAGGGAGAAAAGAAAUGAAGCAAAGCUUGAAAAACUAGUCGGUCGUCUCCUAAGUUUAUGCAAAACAUCGAAACCGACGCGGCACAAGAAGAAAGACCCGGUUUUCACCGAGAGCAACAAUGAAUUUCGGCUUUGGAAAAGACUGGUGGUGUUAAUGCACUACAAUAACGGGCAGGGUCCGUUAUCGUGUCAGCUGUCUGCCGGCCGGCCAAGAUGUCUGGGGAUGAGGAGGACUACCCCGAGGCCAAGCUAGUCAUGGAGUCCGGCCCGCAGUGGCUCCGGUCGGAGAUCGAACGUCUGUCCAAGGAACUCGGCGAGACGACCCGCGAGAAAAUCCAAGCUGCGGAGUAUGGCCUGGUGGUUCUGGAGGAGAAGCAGCAGCUGAAGCAGCGAUACGACGACCUGGAGAGCGAUUAUGAGUCUGUUCGACAAGAACUUGACCAGCUCAAAGAGGCGUUCGGUCAGGCCUACUCUGCCCACAGAAAGGUGGCUGCGGACGGGGAGAGUCGAGAGGAGUCCCUGAUCCUGGAGUCAGCGUCUAAGGAGGCCUACUAUGAGCAGCGCGUACAGGAGCUGCAGAACGAGCUGCGGCAGACCAAGAAUGACCUGAGCAACACCCGCGCAGAGAAUGACAGGCUGGCCAGCAUGGCCCUGGAGCUCAGAGAGAGUAACGAGAUGGUGGAGCUCCAGAGGGCUCGUCUCCGUGACGACGUGCGAGAGUAUAAGAUCCGAGAGGCGCGGCUGCUGCAGGACUACACCGAGCUGGAGGAGGAGAACAUCACACUGCAGAAACAAGUCUCACUGCUCAAGCAAGGACAGGUGGAGUUUGAGGGUGUAAAGCAUGAGCUGCGUCGCCUGGAGGAGGAGGGCCAGUACCUCAACAGCCAAUUGGAGGAGGCGCUACGUCUGCGUGAGAUCUGCGAGCGACAGCUAGCCGAGGCCCUGGAGACACUGAAGACAGAGCGUGAGCAGAAGGCGGCACUGCGGAAGGAGUUGACUCAGCACAUGACGCUGGGCGACUCUCUCCUCGCUGUCUCGCUGGACGGCCUGAAGCUCACCGCCGCCGAGGAGCCCAACAACGACGACGACGUCAUCCGCAGCUUCGAGAACGGACUGGCCAAGAUGGCCGACAGCCACGCCGCGCUCGAUAACCGCUCGUCCACGCCCAAGAAGCCCGCGCCCAGCCUGGUGGACGACCUGCUCAGCGAACUCAACAUCUCCGAGAUACAGAAACUCAAGCAGCAACUGCUACAGGUGGAGCGUGAGAAGGUGGCCCUGCUAACCACUCUGCAGGAGGCCCAGAAGCAGCUGGAGGGGGCGCGCGGGGCGCUAGCGGAGCAGCAGGAGGCUAACGGACGCCUGCACCAGGACCUGGGGGCCAUGAGGAGACUGCAGGCCAGUAAGGAGCGCCACUCGGCCCUGGAUAGCGAGCGUGAGCGUGACAGCCGCGAGGACGGGGACGGCGACUACUACGAGCUGGACAUCCACGGGCCCGAGAUCCUGCGCUGCAAAUACGAGGUGGCCGUCAGCGAGGCCGGCGAGCUCCGAGCCGAACUCAAGACCCUGAAGGAGGAGCAGCAGGAGCAGACCACCCAGACACAGCAGGAGCGCAGCAGGCUGGAGGCACAGGUGCGUGACUUGAGCAGCCAGCUGGCGUCGCUAGAGAGCGUGAGUCGCGAGGAUCGGGAUCGUGCGACGCGUCUGGAGAAGGAGCUGAGGGAGACGAGCGCGGCGGCAGGCGAGUCGCAGGGCAGCUUGAGCGUGGCCCAGGACGAGCUGGUGGCCUUCAGCGAGGAGCUGGCCAACCUCUACCACCACGUCUGCAUGUGCAACAACGAGACCCCCCAGCGUGUCAUGCUCGACUUCUACAAGGAGGGCAAGGCCGGGCCCGUUACCACCACUACCACCACCAGCGGCAGCGGUAUCCUCACCAACGGGGCCCGCACCUCCCCUCCUCCCCCCACCUCCACUACCCAUGUGACAUCAUCCGGCCACAUGACAGACGGCCGUAAGGAGCCCAUGGACAUCUACAACCAGGUGGCGAUCAUCCGUGACCAGAUCCGUCACCUGCAGCAGGCUGUGGACCGCAGCACGGAGCUGUCCCGCCAGCGGGUGGCGUCCCUGGAGCUGUCGGCCGUCCCCGAUAAGGACAAGGAGGCCUGCAUGGAGGAGAUCCUGAAACUCAAGUCCCUCCUCAGCACCAAGAGGGAGCAGAUCGCAACACUGAGGACUGUACUCAAGGCUAACAAGCAGACAGCAGAGGUGGCCCUGGCCAACCUGAAGAGUAAGUACGAUAACGAGAAGGCCAUGGUGACGGAAACCAUGAUGAAGCUGAGGAACGAACUCAAGGCCCUCAAGGAGGACGCGGCCACCUUCUCUUCACUGCGCGCCAUGUUCGCCACGCGCUGUGACGAGUACGUGACCCAGCUGGACGACAUGCAGCGUCAGCUGGCGGCGGCGGAGGACGAGAAGAAGACCCUGAACUCGCUCCUCCGCAUGGCCAUCCAGCAGAAGCUGGCCCUCACCCAGCGCCUGGAGGACCUGGAGUUCGACCACGAGCAGUCGCGGCGCACCAGCGCGGGGGGCGGCGGCCAGGGCAAAGGAUCCGCCCCGGGCCGCAGGAAAGGGCCCUCCUCCUCCUCCUCCUCCGGCAACUCCGCCUCCCACUCCGCCCACUCCAGCCCCCACGUAAGUCCGCGGAUGGCCUGCAGGGGCCGCCCUCUGCCCCGCGGAAUCUCGGGGCCGCCCAUGGUCUUCUGCAGCGAGAAGUAUAAGAUCGUCUGCGACCUGAACCCUCUCUCUACCCCUUAACCUCUUCCCCACUCCCUAAAACCCCCUCACCCCUCACUCAUCCUCACACGUCAUCACUAGCACCUCUCAUCCAUUCAUUCAUCCAUCCAUCCAUCCAUUCGCCCCCGUAUACUACAGUCCUCGCUUGGUCAUCAUGGCUCCAAUAACCUGCAUCCGCUUCCCCGCCCAGCUAACCCACAUCGCAUCGCCACGCCACUCCACGCCACUCUGCUCCACUCUGCUCCACCCUAGUGUGGGGCUGGACUAGAGAGAAGGCUUACAGGCUUGGGGACGCCUGCGCUGCGCUGCGCUGCAUUGCAUGCGGUUUGAACUCAGAGCUGUUGAGGCUUUACUGUACUUCAGAGGGAGCUGGCCGUGGAUGCAGACCAGUGCAUGUUUGAGUCUGCCUCCAAUCCUGCUUCAAAAGCUCUACCUGCAUCACCACCACCACCACCACUCUGUCUGUUCUCUGGCUUCACUGUCUUCAAAGCAGGGCUACGUGUGUGUUUUCGUUUUGUUUGUGGUGUUUUCCAUGUAAAAGGUGUGUCUGCACCUCCUGUCUUCGGGGUGGGAUAGGAGGGCAAGGCAGGGCACGGCCUUUAUUGGCUAGAUUCUGGAAUAUACUUGCUUCUCACCAGUGCGUGUGGGUGUGCAUGAACGCUGUCACGCUGCAUAGUCAGAGUUCAUUUGCUUAUAGUCAGUCAUGCGUGUCCGUGUGAAAUAACGUAACAUGACAAUGAGAUCCAUUGAGUUGGGGCAUUCGUGCGAAUGCAGCCGCCACCAUGUUGGAUGAACUUUACCAGUUCAAGCUUUUAUAUAGUCGAUAGUAGUAGUUCGCUCAUCAGUAGGACCUACAGUUAUUGCAUGGUAUGGCAUGGCAGCAAGUGCAUACAGUAUAUACAUAGACUUGAAGUUGUGUCCACGUACACUUGGUCAAACAGCAAGUAUAUUCUAAUAGCCUUUGACGUGUGUGUAUAACAUUGAUGUCUACAGUCGUUCCUCCCACCUAUCAACUCACGUGUAGCCUCCUUAAACAGUCUUGCAUGCUGGUAGUGGCUCCUCUUUCUGACCCGGACCUGUUGGGUGGACAUCUGCCGUAUAUACCCAUGUGUCACCUCUCUGUUGGGUACACGGCUGUGUCCCGUGUCACACUGUCUCACCUCUGCACGCACAGCCCUGUCCUGUCCUGUCCUGUCCUGUCCUGUCCCGGGGUGCAUUUCUCGAAACCAUAGUUGCUAACGACGUUAGCUAAUUUGUUGUUUGCAGUGCAAUUUCCCAUUGAGAACUACCCAAGUUGCUAACUGGCUAACAACUACGCUUUUGAGAAACGCACCCCUUGUCUCGUCCUGUCCUGUUGUCCUCGUCCUGUCCAGUCUCUCACUGCGCUCUCUCUGUACAUUCCUGUGAAUAAAUGAAAUUGCAUCUGUCUGUAGUGUAGCCAGGUGUUGACAUCUUGUGUUUUUGUAUCUUUUGGUUUGUUUGCAGUAACAUAGAUGAGAUGUUGUGAUUUCCCCCUGACGGUUGGUGAGAGCCCUGAUUCCCGAAUCUGAUCCCCGAUUGAUUCCCGAUUCCCGAAUCCUGCCGGGCGGCUCGGCGCUUCCUCAAGUAGAGCCAUCAGUAGAGCCUUCCCUCUCAUCACUAUAGCUCCUCCUCCUCCUCCUCAGCGCUCGCUGUUCCCAACAACCAAUCAAGCACAUUGUAUACACUCAAUGCUAAUAUACUAUACACACACAUACACACAUUUAUACACACACACACACACACACACACACACACACAAACACACAAAUUGAACGACAUGCAGAUCCGAACUGUAUUUGUAAUCCUCCUAAAUCCUCUAUUGAGUCCUGGGCUAUGUCGGUCCAGGCAGUGGGCGUAGUGUCCUGUUGAGAGCUCGGUAGGAAGCUUUGGGGUCCCCAGGCGUCUGGAAAAGUCCACUCUGCUCUCCAGCCCUGGCCCCUCAGUGUUUGCUCUUCAUGUGUGCAUUAUCCACAUUCAUUCUUCUGUUACCUUUUUAUGAUUUUGUUUGUUUUUUUUAAUGUUUUUUUUGUUGCAUCGUUCCUCAAAUGUUACCGCACUUUUUCAUGUACAUGUGCCCCUCUCGCAACUCCCGCCUAGGCAAGACGUUCCAUGCGGCUCACUAACGUUCUAGUUAAUAUUUAUAGAUGACACUCAACGGCAUUGACACAAACACAACUAAAAUAUCUAUGAAUAGUAAUAUUAAUUUGACGUAUGUCGAUGGCCGACCUCUUGAGUGCGUCUGGAUUUCAUGUUAUUGGCCUUUAAAGGAGCCGUCGUGGAGGAGCCCUGCAGAAGACAAGACAAGGGGGCGUGGCCAGUAGCCGUGGGUUGUGGGUGGGGCUGUGUAUGAUGGUUCUGAUUCGCUCAUUAUCGAGUCCUUGAGCUUCUGUUUUUUUUUGUUUGUCAUAUGUAAUAGGAACAGUUUUUUUAUCAUAUAAUAUAUGUAUGAUUGUUUGGUGUUUUAAUAACAUUUUUUGCAUGUUGAACUGCCAUUUUAUGAACAGAAUCCAGGGAGAGCAAACAGAAAAAAAUACGUAUGUAUGUCUGACUCUUCAUCUUUCCUCUGUAACCACCAGUUUAUCCUAGCAAUGUACUUCACUGGGCCCUGGGGUUAGCCUAUUGAGAAGGGGCCAACAGACGGAAUAGUUUCACUACAAGCACAACCACAAAGACCCACGCGGGAAUAGUAUAUUUGAAUAUAUACGUAUACACGUGUUCUCUUUCCAUCAUGUUGGUCCUUUUUCUUUUGCUUUCUCUUCUUCUGUACCAGUAGUACACCAUGAGUGCCUUUUAUUUCUUCAGAAAUAAGUUGCUUUUUUGUUUUCUGUUCAUUAACCAGAAAGGAAGAAACCACCCCGUUUUUGUGAGGUAGUUUUAACUGGAGUAUUGAGGUGAUGGCUGUUUGUAUUGAAGUCUACGUAUAGACCUGUCCCCUCUUGCUAGCAUGCAUGCAUGUGCUACACGUAGCAGCAGCUGCUGGCCUCCUGUGGUAAAUAUAAAACCUGAUCUUAUUUAUGCUGUUUAAAGCUAAGCUAAUGUGACUUGUAAGGAACACAAGAGACACAGUAAAACGUUAGAGCAAUUAAUGCAGACGGGCGUAAUACUGCAACAAGCAUUUACUGAGCGUCUUGUAACCUUUGUAUUAUUUUUUUUUUGAUGGCCAUGUGAUGUGUGUAGCAGUACUGAGGAGACAUUUAGUUUCUUUUCCUUUUUAAUGUUUUUUUAAUAUAAUCAUUUUAUAUGUGGUAAAAAAGAGUAUUGGAAAAAAAACUGAUCAAUGGAGAAAAAAAAGUCCUCUCUCAACAAGUCUGUUGUGCCAUUUCACACCUUCAGUUUGUUGAGGCAUUGAAAUGUUUCAAUAUUGUCAGGGGGUUCCUUUUAAAGUAUAUAAUAUAUAUAAUAAGAAAUUAUAUAUGUUAUAUAUACAAACAAGAAAUUUUAAGUGCAAUUUAACUGCUGUAUCAGGUGUCUAAUUCAAUGUUCUCUAUUGCUUGAAGCAUAGUGGGGAUCAAUUGGCCUAUUGAGGGAUAGCUGUGCCCAUUUUUAUACUGCAAUAUUUUGUCACAGUUUUAUAUCUUUAUAUGGAAUAACUUCACCUGUCUGACCAUAUUUAUUGAUAACGAUAUUAAGCAGCUCAGUGUUAUUAACGUGCAUUAUGAUAGUGGCAUAGGGAAUGCCAGUCUCUUCAGAUGCACCUGUGUGUUCAGGUGUCCUGUACACGUACCUAUGCGAGGCCUGUACGGUAGGAGCACACCAUUUUAACGUUCGGCUUUUGGCUAUACUGACAUGUCACAUCAUGACAUUUUAUUAUUAUUAUUAGUGGUGGGUUUCACUGUCUCUUCUCCGGGGAGGGCUACUGUGUCUCACCAUUUGUACUAUGAGGACUUUUAGCUUGUGGUAAAGCUCCUGUGUGUUAAGGUGCUCAUUAUUAUGGCCAAAUAAACCUAAUUGAAAAGU